AUGGCCAUAGGGGCUGAUCUUGAUGUAGCAGUGGCGCGCCUCGUUAUGUUGAUUCAGUUAGCUGAAAAUUGUCGAUUGGAGAUUGGUGAGUGCGUUAGACUGAUGUUUAUUGCUGUUUUGUUAAUUGGACAGAACGGGGACGCAUCCAAGGUUGAGUAUAGGGCUCCUGGAACACGUGUGUUGUACCUCAGAACUGCCUUUGGAACAACCGUGUCUCAUGCGUCUGACAUUGUUGGACCGACUGGGUUGGUGUAUGCCGUUGAGUUCUCUCACCGGAGUGGUAGGGAUCUUGUCAACAUGGCCAAGAAGAGGACCAAUGUCAUCCCCAUCACUGAGGAUGCUAGGCACCCGACAAAGUAA